AGGAGCAGCCCCUCCAGGGACAUCAGAGCUUACACUGCACUCCAGAAGAAGCAGCUACCUUUACCUACACAGACAUGGCUCCCUGCUCCACCAACUACUCCUCUAUUCAUCACAUCAGGAUCUCUGAGAAAGACAACAUUAAAAUGAGAAAACCUGUUGUGGAGAAAAUGCGCAGAGAUCGCAUCAACACUUGCAUUGAGCAGCUCAAAGCCAUCCUGGAAAAGGAGUUCCACCAGCAGGAGCCCAACUCCAAGUUGGAGAAAGCUGACAUCCUGGAGAUGACUGUGAGCUUCCUGAGACAGCAGCUUCAGCCGGGCCUCUGUCAGAGCGACUACAGCCAAGGCUUCCCUCACUGCUGGAGGGACUCAGUGCACUUCUUGUCUGCAAGAUCCGACUCCCCGGUCGCUCCUCUCCAGCAGCAGCAGCAGCAGCUGCACAGAUCCAGCAGUUCCUCCUCAGUCUGCUCCACCCUCAGGCCCACAAUGCUGCAGGACAGCAGCAGCAGUGGAGGCCCAGUGUGGAGGCCUUGGUAGAGACUCUGAAACACAGACACUCCGACACCUGAGGGGCUCUCCCUCACUAUGUAGGAAAUAUAUUUCCAGCCUGCUCACUUAUGGUGGGUUUCCUUAUUGUCUCAUCACAUUGAUGGACAAGUAGUAAAAAGCAAAGGCUCUCACUUAUUUGAAAGUUUUCCCUGCUUUGACUUUAAUUCACCUUUGAUGUUUGCUUUUCCUUUCCCUGAAAGCUGGAGGUUGAUGAUGGUUCUGUCAAAUCUUGACAGUUUACUCCAGUGGAGUUUAUCUUAGGUCUGCUUGAUGUAACAGUAUCUGCCAUACUGUGCUAAACUGACAGCUGCUGUUGAGAAUAUUUCUCUUAUGUUUUGAUUUAACCACGCCAAAUGUUAAUGGUGUGUGUGUGU